AUGUGGCCCCUGCUGGCGGUGUACCUGUGGGGCGGCGCGUCGCUGGUGUGGGGCUGGACGCCGCCGCAGCCGCUCAGCCUCUCCCGCCCCGUCGACUUGAGCUCCCUGGCUGCGCGCUCGGCGUCGCCUUCGCCGGCGACGACGGAGGGCAAAGUGGAGAAGCUGGGCCGGGCUUUCAAGCGGCAAGUGCGGCGCCUGAGGGAGCGGAGCGGGCGCCUGGAGCUGGUCUUCCUCGUGGACGAGUCGUCGAGCGUGGGCCAGGCCAACUUCCGCAGCGAGCUGCGCUUCGUUAAAAAGCUGCUGUCCGACUUCCCCGUGGUGCCCACGGCCACGCGCGUCGCCCUCGUCACCUUCUCGUCCAAGAACAACGUGGUGCCAAGAGUCGACUACAUCUCGCCCGCGACGGCACGGGCUCGGCAGCAGCACAAGUGCGCCUUGCUCGGCAGGGAGAUCCCGGCCAUCGGCUACCGAGGGGGCGGCACCUACACCAAGGGCGCCUUCCAGCAAGCGGCGGUGAGUGGCGGGCGUAACGUCGGAACGCGCAGGGUGGGUGCCAACGUGGUGCACUCCAGGAAGGGAGGGCGACUUGAAUGUAAUGUUAGGGGGCAGGUAAGCCCCGUCCUUUGGGAAAGAUUGAGGGCACAAGGAGAAGGGGACGACAGAGGGCGAGUUGGUUGGACAGUGUUCUCGAAGCUACCAGCAUGAGUUUGACCAAACUGCGGGAGGCAGUGGAAGACAGGAGAGCCUGGCGAGCUCUGGUCCAUGGGAUCACGAAGAGUCGGACAGGACUAAACAACAACAAGCCCCGUCCUGCGUAAUCGAUCACAUGUCCAGCACACCACACCAUUUGAAUGCCAAUGCCCAUAAUUUAUUUAAUAUACAUUUUUUGGCCCCAUCAAAGAUUUCAUUGGGGGACCCAGAGGUGCCAACUUGAGUAAAAUAUUGGGGGGCCCAAGUAAGCCCUGCCAGCCUUCUUGACAACUCUUUGAAUGGCGAUACUUGGUGCUUUUCCGCCCAGGGGGUACUCAAUGGUACCCGGGACUGGCACCUCCUUUUUUGUUGUUAGAAAAAGUGUGGCACCUAUUUUUCUAGAAAAAUAGCACUGCCGGUGCCCAUCAACUUGGGGGAAGAAGGGAGCCCUCAAAUGUUUUAGGGGCGGCGAAGAGACCUUGGCUCCUUGGAGUUAGAUGUUCUGCUCAAAGACAAAGCAUCUGCAUUGCAGGCAGAAGAGUCCAGGGUCAGUCCCUGGCAUCUCCCGUGCAGAUAGCUCAGCUGGUGGAGCAUGAGAUUCUUCAUCUCAGGGUCAUCGAAUCAGAGAACUGCAGAGUUGGAAGGGACCACAAGGAUCAUCUAGCCCCAAACCCUGCAAUGCAGGAAACCUUUGCUCAGUGUGGGGCUCAGGGCCGGAUUUAGGUUUGAUGAGGCCCUCAGCUACUGAAGGUAAUGGGACCCUUUAGAUGUCCAGCUGUCCUUUGUCAACAACAAAUUGCCGCUGUUUUUUGUGUUGAAUAUGUGCCAUAAGGUAAUUUAUGGACCGAAUAGGUAUCUCAAGCCAUUUGCACAUGUUGCCAUGCAACCAGUCCAUGUAGAAUGUAGGCAGCCUAUAUAUAAAAGGUAAAGGGACCCUUGACCAUUAGGUCCAGUUGCAGAUGACUCUGGGGUUGUGGCGCUCAUCUCACUUUACUGGCCAAGGGAACCGGCGUACAGCUUCCGAGUCAUGUGGCCAGCAUGACUGAGCCGCUUCUGGCGAACCAGAGCAGCGCAAGGAGACGCCGUUUACCUUUACCUAUUUAUCUACUUGCACUUUGAUGUGUGUUUGAGCCGCACAUUGGACAAAAGAUUCCUGCAUUGCAGGAGGAGUGAAAUACAUGACCCUCAUGCAUAGAUGACAACCCUUAGGGGCCAAGGUCCCUUUGCCCCCCUCCCCAUAAAAUAUUUGAGGGAAGGGGGCCAAAGUUGAUGGAGAUUCAAAUGGUGUGCAUGUGCUACAUCAUGUGAUUGAUUUUGUGGGGCAGGCCUUACCUUUAUGUUCCCUCCACAUAAACAUUUUUAUAGGGAUACAUUAAAUUUGGCAAAAGUAAGUGUCUAGUUCUCUGAUGCGUGCAUUAUGGGUCCCCACCCCCCAAGACCUUAAAAAAUCUUCAGUUUUUUUGAAGUUGAGUUCCAACGAUUUCCAAAUUUGGGACACGUAUCUUCAAAAUGUGCACGCCACAAAAUCUGAGCUGCAUGCACACCAGGAAUUAUGUAUACAGUGGUACCUCGGGUUACAUACGCUUCAGGUUACAGACUCCGCUAACCCAGAAAUAUUACCUCAGGUUAAGAACUUUGCUUCAGGAGGAGAACAGAAAUCGUGCUCCGGCGGCGCGGCGGCAGCAGAAGGCCCCAUUAGCUAAAGUGGUGCUUCAGGUUAAGAACAGUUUCAGGUUAAGAACGGACCUCUGGAACGAAUUAAGUACUUAACCCGAGAUACCAAUGUAUUACCUUCAUUCUAUAUUUGUGGUGGCAACUGGUACUGAACAUACAGUUCACUCUUUCACUAGUUAUGUUGUAGAAGCCUUUUAGCAGGCAAAGCCGAGUUGCUUACAGAAGGUACUCGAGUAACAGCAAUGAGUUUUGAACAAAAUGUUUGUGUCAGUGAAAUUUGCUGACUUCCAACGGGAAACACUGUUACCUCCAAAAUAAAUACUUUCAUCACACAUAGACAAAUAAACACAUCUACACUACCAAACACCUGUGUAGCUUUGAUAUGUACAUAGAGUUGUAGUGUCACAUGCAAUUUCAGGGUGAAACUAGGCUUCAUUUCACCCAGGUCAAAGACCCAGUGUGGCACCCGCCUUGCACAUUUGCAUACACACGAACACAGGAUGGGGGCCUCAAUGGCGGCCCUCUGGAGGCUUCACCUGGGCAAAAAACGACUAGCUCUCUUCCCGCCUCCCCGCCCCUGGUAGCUAGGGCACUGAUGUGGGGCUGGGUGAUAUCAGCUUUUCAACACCACAGUGUAUCGCCACCCAAACAUUGUGAUAUAGAGGUAAAGGUAAAGGGACCCCUGACUGUUACGUCUAGUCGUGACCGACUGUGGGGUUGCGGCGCUCAUCUCACUUUAUUGGCCGAGCCAGCAUACAGCUUCCAGGUCAUGUGGCCAGCAGGACGAAGCUGCUUCUGGCGAACCAGAGCAGCGCACGGAAACGCCGUUUACCUUCCCGCCGGAGCGGUACCUAUUUAUCUACUUGCACUUUGACACGCUUUCAAACUGCUAGGUUGUCAGGAGCAGGGACCGAGCAAUGGGAGCUCACCCCAUCGUGGGGAUUCGAACCGCCUACCUUCUGAUUGGCAAGUCCUAGGCUCUGUGGUUUAACCCACAGUGCCCCCCGCGUCCCUUGGUUCAAAUGCCAAUUCACCCUCUUGAUAUACAGUGGUACCUUGGUUCUCGAACGUAAUUUGUUCUGGAAGUCCGUUCAACUUCCGAAAUGUUCGAAAACCAAGGCGCAGCUUCUGAUUGGCUGCAGGAGCUUCCUGCAUGCAUGUGGAAGCCGUGUCAGAUGUUCGGCUUCCGAAAAGCGUUCGAAAACCAGAAUACCUACUUCCGGGUUUUUGGCAUCCAGGAGCCGAUUUGUUCGUCAGCUAAGCUGUUCGAGAACCAAGGUUCCACUAUAUAGUGUUACACUGCGAUGUUGAAAAGUGGAGGGAGGAAAAACAUGAGCCUGGGGCCAUGAGGUGCUGGGGUGGAAGCACCUCUGCUCCCUUGGUGGGGGCAGGGAUGGUUUCACCCUGGUCCCUCAUGGGUAAGGGAUACUAAUGGGAUACUGAGUAAGGCAUACUAAUGAAGCCCCCUUCCACACUUGCUUACAUCUUAUCCUCCACUAAGGAAUGCUCCAAGGUUUUGUUGUUGUUGUUUGUAUUUUAUGAAGUUUUCAUUUUACAAUACAGUGGUACCUCGGGUUACAUAAACUUCAGGUUACAGACUCCGCUAAGCCAGAAAUAGUACCUCAGGUUAAGAACUUUGCUUCAGGAUGAGAACAGAAAUCGUGCUCCGGCAGCGCGGCGGCAGCAGGAGGCCCCAUUAGCUAAAGUGGUGCUUCAGGUUAAGAACAGUUUCAGGUUAAGAACGGACCUCCAGAAUGAAUUAUUUAACCCGAGGUACCACUGUAUAUAAAUACUUCCUCAUUUUUCACAAUUAACUUUUGCUCAUAUGAGCUUGUCAACUCCCCCCCCUCCAUCUCAUGGUUACCUUAAUUCAGGCAUGUCCAAAGUCCUUUACGGGGGCCUAAUCUGGCUUGCCGGUCAGUUUAAUCUGCCCCCUAUGGCAGUUUAUUUCCUAAAAAAAAGGUCAACAACCGUGGUUGGCCCUUUGGUCGGCCCUCACGGCCCUUCACUUCAUCAAAUCUGCCCUUUUUGAAAAAAACUUUGGACACCAUUGUAAUUCUUUACUUUGCCAUCACAGUUGUGUUUCUUCCUGUUUACAAGACACCAUUUCACAUUUUUAAAAGAAUAUGUCCUGCUAGUGUUUUUAAUUGUUUGCAGUUGUCUUUCAAAUAUUGUAUAAAUUUACCCCAGUCUUUUUGGAAAGCUUGAUCGCGCUGGUUUCAGAUUUUCCCAGUCAGCUUCGCCAGCUCUGCAUAUUCCAUCCUCUUCGUCUUCCACUCUACAGUUGUUGGUAGUUACUGUUGCUUCUACUUCUGGGCUAAUAAAGUCCUGGCUGCGCCAAGGGUUUUUUUUUGGGGGGGGGGGGGUUAAGAAAAUGAUUCCCAGGAUUAUCAGCACUGAAUGAAUAGGAAUUGGUUAAAACACUCAGAUCAUGAAAUUACAUGGAUGCAUAUUUACGACAGCAUCUAACUCGUUUUUUGAGCCUCAGAGUUGUCAAAUUGUCAUUUUCACAUUUUCACCGUAAUAAUGAGAGUUAUCUGUUUUAGCAUGCAAUAUUAUUUCUAUGUUUAUAUGCAUUUCUCUUACCUAAUGCGUUAACAGCUGUAAUAAUUCAACACACGUUAACCACUUGGUUAUUUUGGCUUUUAUUUGGCCUUUAUUUAUUGAGGAAAGCUAUGAUCACAUGUAUUACAGUCAAACCUCGGUUGUCAAACGUAAUCCAUUCCGGAAGACCAUUCGACUUCCAAAAUGUUCGACAAUCGAAAACUGAAAGUGGAAGCCUCAAUACAAUAGAGAAAUUCAAAAUGGAAGCCGCGUAGCAUGUUCGGCUUCUGAAAACCAUUCAAAAACCACAGGAGUUACUUCCGGGUUUUUCAGCGUUCGGGAACGGAAACGUUCCAAAAUGGAGGCGUUUGGGAACCAAGGUUUGACUGUAACCAUUUUCCUGACAGCUUGUGGUACUAUAAAGAAUAACAAAUUCAUUAUGGUGUAUGCUUUUGUGGCCUGGAGCCUACUUCAUCACAUAUAUAAUAUACACAGUGUAUAUCAUAGAAGAUCUCUGGAAAUCUGCAUGGCAUUUGUCAUGUGGUAAAGUGGAAUGUGGCAGCUUUUAUUUAAGAAAUGACUCUUUAGGUAUUUGUAUAACACCUUUCAUGUAACAUCCCAAGGUGGCUCACAACAUAAAAAAUACAACAAUCCACUAAGCAGGUGAAGAAAUUGAAUCAGGGUUCAGUAGCAAUCUUGAUACUGUUCUGUCAUCUCAAAAGUGUAAGGUAAAGCUAAGGCUUUUAUUUGCUCUGUGAGACAGAAAUUAUUCACAGUCUCUUGCUUGGGGGCAUUAAAAUUAUCUUAUUUUUAUGCGGCAACUUAAUCAUGUUCCUUUAAAAAAAAUAUCCUCUGUAACAUGUCCUACACAAAUACAUUUAUUAUUAAAGACGUGCAUAAAAUAUAGGGCAAAGUUAAAUACUUUCAUGUCUCACUAAAAUCAGUGGAGCUUAACCUAGCUGCGUAUCCCCACACUUAACUGGGAGCAAGUCCCAUAGAACUCAGAGGGGCUUACUUCUGAGUAAACAUGGAUUGCGCUGUUGCUUAAUGUUGCCUGGAUCAGGUCCAGGGAGUUUUGUAUGAAAAAGGUAAAAAAAAAUUGUUUAUGUUAACGUAGGAACUUUUUUUUUUUAUUUAAGCAGGAAUAAGUAAGAGGUAAUUAAUGUUUUUUAUAAUUUAUGUUUGCAUGAUGCAUUUCCCAAUUCAAAUCUAUAUUAUUAUUUAUUAAAUUUGUAUACCAUCCUGUACCUGCAGGUCUUAGGGUGGUUCAAAUAUAAAAAUCAUCACUUGCCUGAAUAUAGAUUUACUUGUAAAAUGUCUUCCUUGCUUUCUACCUUAACACUAACCAAAUUUGCAAGUAAAUCCACAAAUUUCAGGUGGAUAUGGCUGCCAGCAAAUGCGAGCUUAGUAGGGAGUCAGUCCUGUUGAGGUCUGUGGGGUUUAAUUCUACGUGAAUAUGCUCAGUCGUGCUGCACAAGAGCAUUUAUGACACCACUCUCUUGUCUGCUUAUUUCUCUUAUGCUGUAAUUCUGUGCACACUUUUCUGGGAGUAAGCCACACACUGAAAACUGUGCUCCUUACUUCUGAGUGAAAUUGCAUAGGAUUCUGCUGCUUGUAUUCACAUACAGUUCAAAAUGGUCCAAUGCCACCCAUACAGCUCUGCAGUUCUUGAUGCAAAGGAGUGCAUGCAAUUCAUGAAGUGGCUAAGUGGCUAACAUUUAAAAUAAAAACACCCCCCCCCCAAAAAAAAGUUUUUUUGAAGACUGAGACAUUUAUUAUGACAUAAGGCUAUAUGGAUGCGGGUGGCACUGUGGGUUAGACUUGCCGAUCAGAAGGUUGGUGGUUCAAAUCCCCGCGACGGGGUGAGCUCCCGUUGCUCAGUCCCUGCUCCUGCCAACCUAGCAGUUCAAAAGCACGUCAAAGUGCAAGUAGAUAAAUAGGUACUGCUCUGGCAGGAAGGUUAAACGGCGUUUCCGUGCGCUGCUCUGGUUCGCCCGAAGCGGCUUAGUCAUGCUGGCCACAUGACCCGGAAGCUGUACACCGGCUCCCUCUGCCAAUAAAGCGAGAUGAGCGCCGCAACCCCAGAGUCUGCCACGACUGGACCUAAUGGUCAGGGGUCCCUUUACCUUUAAGGCUAUAUCACAAUAAAUUUGUCAGUUUCCGUUGCUUUAACAUUCCGUCUUCGUAACUGCAGCAGACUUAACCCACCUAUUCCUCUGGAAUUAUUUUUCAGUAACCUUUGUUUCUUUGGGAUUUUCCGCUGGUUUUUAGGAGCAAAGGGUAAUUCAUUCUUCAUAGAACUACGUUGACGUAUCAGCAUAUCAGAAAGCAUCUUCCAGGGUACCAGAGACAGCAACCCGAGCGUCCACUGUAUAUCAUUGAUCUUGUUCAAUGCUCGGUGUAUCUAAAUAGGUUUCAAAUCCAGUUAGGAAUAUCCCAAGUGUUCUUUGCCCAGUGUGGUAAGGAGCAAGAAAUUGGUUUGAAACCAUGUGGUAUAUUAUCAUAAGGUAUAGUAUUAUCUCUAGGAUAUUUUGCCACAGAUACUUUUUAAAUUCGUUUUAGUUAGCAUUUCACAAAUUCCAUUUCAAUAAUCACACAGAACAUCGGUAUAAACAUCAGCAAUUGGAGUACAUCUUUAGAGCUAGAUAGAGCUUUAGCAGUAGAACAGUAUCUCCAGAGGUAUAUAAUCUACUCAUUUCAUCCUGACACCCAUGGUCAUAUAUCUCUCAAAAAGAGAACUUGGAGGAAUUGCCACUGAUUUCAGUGUCACAAAGUUCAACACACUGGCCCAAAUCCAAGACAGGUUAGUCUCACUAAAGCCCCAUUGAAAUUAAUGGGGCAGAAACUAGCUGCAACUAAGCUGGCCUGUUGAAUUCAGUGGAACAUAAGUAUAAGUGAUUUGGACCACUAUUUAUUUUAAAUGUGAUUUGUUAGCAUGAUACAAUUCCUCCCAACAUAAUCCAUUGAUCCUCUAAAAUGAGGAUGCUAGAAUCACCAUCUUCUCGUAAUGAAGUAUUGUGUGCUGUAAAUUGACUCAGCCAGAUGUAAUUGGUUCUCUCUUGAUAUUUAAUAUAUCUCGUCCAUUUUCUAAGGGGCUCUUACCUUGUGAAUCUUCUUGCCAGACAAAUUGCAACUUGGAGAUGUCCUGGUAGGGAUUAUAGAAGACUUCUAUUAUGUUGAAAUGCCAUUACUGGAAUGAAUAGAGGAACUUGCACUUCAAUGUAACAACCACCUUUUUUCUCUUCUUGUGAGCUAUUAUGCCACUGUCCUCUAUUUUUAAACACUAUUGUAUUACACCUAUGCUCCUUGUGUUUCAUUUGUGAUAUUUCUCCUUUACUGACUUUAAUUAUUCACCCAUGUUCACUUGCUUCCCCAAAUUUAAAAAUAAUUAUUUCAUUAUGUUUACACAAAAAGACUCAAAUCCUUUUUUCCAAGAGGCUCUCCGAAAUAUACCUGAAAUCUUUAUGGAAGUGCAUUAUGGACUAUUGAGAUGUAAACUGUUGUUCCUCUGGAACAAAAGGACAACUGGUGUGGUAGGAGCUCUGGAGUAUUGUAGCCGUAACCCAUUGACUUAUGGUCCAAAGGCCACAAAUCAAUCUAAGCCCCAUUGAAUUUAAAGGAGCUUUCUCUCAGAAAAGUGGUCAUAGGAGAUCCACAAGUCUUCUGACUAGAAAUGAAUAGAAUUCUGCUGCAGAAGGUCUUAUUCCUGGCCUGCAAAGUUUAGAACACAUAUUCUAUGUUUUAUGGAUGUCUUGCAUUUUAUAAAGCUGAGUCAGCCAGUUUGAAUAGCCCCUGAUAGUCACUCACCCAAGAUUGAGCAGUAGCUUUGUGGCUGAAUGGAGCUUUCAACCCAGACUUCCUGGGCCAAGUCCAAUAUUUCGUCCACUACAUUGCAUGUCCACCUGGGGUAGUGCCAAUACAGUAGUGCUAUGUUUAAGGUGAUAAUACAUUAGGGCUGGUCAAUACCUGGUUUUUAGCAUUCAUGAUAUAUCACCAGCUGAACUGAAAUAAGGAUGGAGCUAUGGAGAGGCAUUGGCUGGCUGCAUGGUUUUUCCUGCAUUGUGAUUUUUGCUGGCACCUGCUCUUUGAUCUUAGCUGAAAUCAACAAUGCAAAGUUAUUCCAUCCAGAAGUUAGAAGGAAGGACAAGCUUUUGGCUGUCUUGACUACCCAAGUUCAAUACAGUGGUACCUUGGUUCUCAAACUUAAUCUGUUCGGGAAGUCCGUUCCAAAACCAAAGCAUUCCAAAACCAAGGCAUGCUUUCCCAUAGAAAGUAAUGCAAAAUGGAUCAAUCCAUUCCAGACUUUUAAAAACAAGCCCUCAAACAGCAAUUUAACAUGAAUUUUACUAUCUAACGAGACCAUUGUUCCAUAAAAUGAAAGCGAUAAACAAGGUACUGCAGUCACAGAGUCAAUCAAUCAGUAGCUGAACUGGGUUCCACACAGUCACAGAAACAAAACAAAAAGAGCCGCAAAAACGGAAACACAAACACAAACACAAAAUAAAUAGCAAAAACAGACUGACCUCAGCGGAACUCUCAAAAUGGAAGUGUGGCACUCAAAUCAGAAGCGUAACACUCAAACUGUAGCACGUUCAGCUUCCGAAAAUAGUUCGCAAACUGGAACGCUUACUUCCGGGUUUGCAGUGUUUGGGUUCCAAGUUGCUUGAGUACCAAGGCAUUCGAGAACCAGGGUAGCACUGUAUUUGUAAGGUGGAACAAAGGAGAUGAAAAUUAAUUAAAUGCAAAUGAGUAUUCAGGUUAGUCACUGCUCUGUGAUUUAUGAUACGGUUACAGCCUAGUUUUCUGUGCUUAGUUAUCCACCUUUGCUUUAAAAUACAAUUUUAAUUUGAAGACUCCUUGGUGUUGCUCUUUCAAGAGAUCUCUUGCUAGAGAUCAAGAAUAGCCACUGAGUUGUUUUAUCUCCUGCUCUCUGGGACGUGCAAUUACUCCCUGUGAUAGAAGAAACAAAGGCAGUCAUAUUACUGUUGCUGGCUGUACUGAAGGAAGGAAUGCAAUUAGUUAUCUUUACUUAGCGGUGCGAGAAAGAAAAAUAGCUGAGUUUUUCCUAGUGGAGUGAAGAAAAACAUUUACUGAAAAAGCAGACUUUGAACUGACAGGUUAAUCAAUUACAAAGUGUUAAGGGACCUAAUUGCACGGUUAAUUCUAAGAGAGUUUAAGGAUUUUUUUACAAUCACUUUGGACCAGAUUUCAAACUUUGCUUCAGCAUUUUACUAUUUAAGAUUUAUGGGGCAUAUUCACCCUAAAUUCUUCUACCAUGGAGUGUGUUUUCUUCCAGUUGUAAGAGAUCGAAUACUUAGCCAGAUAAACUCAAAAAUAUGUUAGUAAUUGUAUUAUCUUGCAUAUCCUUGUUAUCUCACUGGAUUCAGGUACAAAAAUACUUUGUCCCACAUUGCCACAAUGUAAAUAUAUUCAUUGUGUUAACCAAAGCCACUCUAAUGUGGGUCCUUAGUUACUGUGGACAUGUAAAUAAACAUUUCUUCCCCUUGGAACAUUCCUUCACACCAAACACAUUUCAUGUUGCUGACAUGUCCUUGGAAAAAAUGACAUGAAAUUUAAGGGAAGAGGUGUAUGAAAUGAUGGCUGAUCUUCUCAACAGGAAAAAAAUGGGGUUGGUAAACCUGUGGCCUUCUAGAUGUUGUUUAAAAAAUGCAUUGCUUUAAUUAAAAAAUGAAAGAAAGAAACACCAUAUAAGGGUAACAACAGGAAGAUUUAAAGGAACUAUUGGAAACUCAAGGCAGUAGAGACAUAAGAUGAUCAGAGCCCCACUGAACUUGAAGCAUGGGAAGUCCCAAUAAAAAAUUAUAAUUUGGCAGAAUAUUCGGACUAUAUGAUAUGUAUUUGUAUAAUUUGGAAUAUUUAAUGUGAUUUGAUUGGAUUGUUAAAAUGGAAAAUUUAAUAAAAAUUAUUUAAAAGAAAAGAAAAGAAAGAAACACCAUAUAAAAUAUAGGCGCCGUUCAGGUUUAUUGGCAAAGGUAGGACUUUCUGGUCUAUGAAAAAGGAGUAACUAAGAACGUAUUCUAAUACUCUGUACUUCUAGUACAAUAUGAAGAUUAGCAGAGGUUCGUCACACCCUAAGGUCUUGCUUGUGUUUUAUGUGUUUUGGACAUAGUAGUUUCAGCUGUGAUAUUGCAAUGCUUGGAAUGAAACCAGUCUCUUGUUUUCCUUCGACACCCCCCACCCCACCCCCACCCACCUUGUGGGUCCAUUGUUUGGAGCCAAUGGAGGCCAGCCAGGACUGUCGGACUCUGAGGCAGCUGGGGUUAUAUUGGAAUUUUCAGCUGAGGAAGUAACAAAACAUGGGAACAUGACCUGAAAGUUUAAAAAUGCAGGGCAUAUAUAUAAUCUCUGUUGUUUAUGAGAGGCCUAAUUAGGCCCAACAACGAGAUUGCCCACAGGUGACUCCUAAAUGAACUUCUGGGCAAAACUUAGGAUAAAGAGAAAUUUGGUGUAUCAGAAUUUCAGGGGGCAUAGACUACAUGGGGCCAAAACAAAGGAGGAGAACUUAUAUUUUAAACUGGUUCUGUCCUCCCAAAGCAAAAGGUGGCCUGUUUCUUAGAGCAAAAGGUGAUAAAUUAUUCUGUUUCCUAUCGAAUUGUCUCCCCACGUUCCGACUCGCUAUUUCCUUUCUCCACAGCUAAGCAGCAUCCCUGAACAUGACCUCCAAUAGGGGGGGAGAAGCAUUUGUGUGUGUGGCCCUCCUCAGGUUCUCCUUCUGUAGGAAGGACGCGGGUGACGCUGUGGUCUAAACCACUGAGUCUCUUAGACUUGCUGAUUGGAAGUUUGGCAGUUUGAAUCCCCGUGACGGAGUGAGCUCCUGUUGCUCUGUCCCAGCUCCUGCCAACCUAGCAGUUCAAAAGCAUACCAGUGCAAAUAGAUAAAUAGGUACCACUGUGGCGGGAAGGUAAACAGCGUUUCUGUGCACUCUGGUUUCCGUCACGGUGUUCCAUUGCGCCAGAAGCGGUUUAGUCCUGCUGGCCACAUGACUUCGAAAGCUGUCUGUGGACAAACGCCGGCUCCCUCGGCCUGAAAAGCGAGAUGAGCGCCGCAUCCCCGUAGCCGCCUUUGACUGGACUUAACCAUCCAGGGGUCCUUUACCUUUACCUUUUUUACCUCUGUGUAAAACCAGUACACAAGGGGAGAGAGUGGGAAUGAGCAACUUAGCUCAGUCACUCUCCACGAGUUGGAGAACAAACUUCUGAAGCAGGAGGGAACUCAUGAAAGCUCUGUGCACAGUUUAGAUAUGGGUUCUGAAUACUAUAGGAAGCCUCCACAACCACAGGAGCCCUCCCCCCCCCUCACUUCAGAGGUUUGCACUGCAACUCUGUAGGCUCCUGUUUUGGCUUUACACAUGAGUAGACCUCCUGAAUGGUCCCCAAAUGUUUUCCUGCAUAUAUACACAAAUCAGAGAGCCUUCUCGAUAGUGGCACCCACCCUGUGGAACACCCUCCCUUCAAAUGUGAAGGAAAUAAGCAGCUAUCCUAUCUUUAAAAGACAUCUGAAGGCAGCCCUGUUCAGGGAAGUUUUUAAUAUUUAAUGCUGUACUGUUGAUUGGGAGCCGCCCAGAGUGGCUGGGGAAACUCAGCCAGAUGGGCAGGGUAUAAAUAAAUAAAUAAAUAAAUAAUAAUAAUAAUAAUAAUAAUAAUAAAAAUAAUAAUAAUAAUUUUUUAAAAAAAAUCACAGUUAUAUUGCAUCAAGUUGUCCUUUUAUGGACAGCUCAGUUGGCCAGAGCAUGGUGUUGAUAAUGCCUAAGGUUGCAAGUUUGAUCCCCAUGACGGACAGCUGCAUCUUCCUGCAUUUCAGGGGGCUGGACUAGAUGACCCUCAGGGGUCCCUUCCAACCCUACAGUUCUAUGAUUCUGCCCCAUAAUGCAGUUCAUUUGUUCAGAGAACAGAUCUAACUCAGCUGGCAUCAGCAACAUUCACUCAACUUCACUUGAUACUUCACCAAGCUAACCUAGUGUGAUGCUCUUAUGCCAUCUAAUCUAAUAUUUCAAGUCAGAGUUUUUUAAGUACUGAUAAAAAAAAUAUUUGCAAUUUCAGCUAGUGGUGAAUGUCAGAUCAUUGCGUCUGGGUUUGCUUUUUUACAAAAGUGGGCGGCUUCUCAUUAUAAGAAACUGCCUGUAAGACCGGUUGAUAGCAUCUGUAUUAUGCUAUAAUAUAGCAUCCGUAUUAAGGCCGAAUAUAAGUGUGUGAACUGUGAGUCAGUAGUACUUGGCUUUUUAACUACGCUGGCUGCUGAAAGCUUGUUGAUCUUACGGUCUUAAUACUGGGUGGUCCUGCAAAAGCUGCAGUUAAACAGUGUAACUAAAGGGAGUGCCCCCCUGGCUGAAAAGACCAUGAGUAGGUCACUUGCACUUGGCCUUGAGAUGCUAUUCCCCCCCCCCCCUUUCUUCCAGCAAAUACUGCUUCACUCCCGUGCAAAUGCUUCCAAGGUGAUAUUACUUAUUACCGACGGCUAUUCCAACGGAGGAGACCCCAGGCCCAUUGCAGCGUCCUUGCGUGAAUUUGGAGUCGAGAUCUUCACGUUUGGGAUAUGGCAAGGCAACAUCCGGGAGCUGAACGACAUGGCGUCUCACCCGAAGGAGGAACAUUGCUACUUGCUUCAUAGUUUCGCAGAGUUUGAAGCUUUGGCUCGCAGAGCCCUCCACGAAGGUACUUGCCUUCCAGUUGAAUUUUGAUAAAAUGGAACACAUUCCACUCCACGUGGAAUACUUUCAUGGCAUUCAGAAAUAUUGUCCUCGCACUGAACUUCUGUUAUUUAUUUGAAUUCUACAUUGAUCAGGAAAUGCUGAUCAAAUAGUUGACCAACUAAAAAUUCAGGCGCUGAAGGAAACCAUCCUUUUAGAUACACAAAUGCAGUAAUGCUAAACCCAAACAUACAGAAAACAAGCGUGAGGCCUGUGAAUGCUAUGACACGCAUUCUGAGCGUAAGAUUCACCUUAACUCUGGGGUGGUUAGCUCUUUUUUUGGGUCAGACAAUUAAGCAUCCCUCUGAAGACCACAUGUCAGCAAUGGGUGUGGCCAGUUCACAUUUAUGCACGUCUAGAAGCCACUUGCCAGAUAAAGUGAAGCUGCUAUGAUACCUCCCAGGCAGGUGGGUCGCUGUUGCUUACUGGGAGGGGGAAGGAGUGGGGCGCGAGGGGCUGGGGAGGUCGAUGUAGUGCAAAGAUGCUGGCAGGGACACCAAAUUGUCUCUGCUAGUGCAUUUAUAUGCCACCUGCACUCUUUCCGAGCACAAUUCCAAGUGUUGGUGCUGACCUUUAAAGCCCUAGACGGCUUCGGCCCAGUAUACCUGAAGGAGCGUCUCCACCCCCAUCGUUCAGCCCGGACACUGAGGUCCAGCUCCGAGGGUCUUCUGGCAGUUCCUUCACUGCAAGAAGUGAGGUUACAGGGAACCAGGCAGAGGGCCUUCUCGGUGGUGGCGCCCGCCCUGUGGAACGCCCUCACAUCAGAUGGCAAGGAAAUAAACAACUAUCUGACUUUUAGAAGACAUCUGAAGACAGCCCUGUUUAGGGAAGCUUUUAAUGUUUGAUGUUUUAUCACAUUAUUAUUAUUAUUAUUAUUAUUACUAUUAUUAUUCAAUAUACAAUAAAUAAUACUAUUAAUUGUAUUAUUUAUACCCCACCCAUCUGGCUGGGUUUUGCCAGCCACUCUGGACAGAAUAAUCCCAACAGUGGCUGGCAAAACCCAGCCAGAUGGGUGGGGUAUAAAUAAUACAAUUAAUAAAUUUAUUAUUAUUAUUAUUAUUAUUAUUAUUAUUAUUGCUUCCACCUGUGGAGAAAUUAGCGUUGCAGCUUCUCCCUUCCUAGUGAGCCACUUCUGUGCACAUCACACAUUUAGAUUCCACUUGCUUUAGCAUUCAGGUCUAUGUGUGCUCUUGUGUAAUCAGCACCUUGAAUAAUAAUUAUAAUUCAAAACAACAACGACAUCUGUACAGUGCUCACAAAACCAAAUACUCUGGGUGGUAUACUAAUGUCCAUAGGUCAGGAGCUGGGGACAACCGAGGCAACCCUAGUUGCUCCUCCUCCACUCGUUUCUCUCAACGUAUAGAAUCAUAGAAUUGUAGAGUUGGGACGGCCAUCUAGCCCAACCCCUGCAGUCUAUGAAAUGAGCAUCUGCACAAGGCUCAAAUUCAAGCCUUUGUGUGCUUUUGGAAUUGCACAGUCUUGAAAUAUAUUUUAUAAAAAAAACACCGAGGCUCUUGGGAUUUCCUCUCCGACCACCGAAAUCAUUAUUAAGUCACAACAAACGUUUAGAGCACUGCCUAUGAUGUUCCUGUUGGGCCACUUGACUAGAAAGGGCUUUAUCUGAUUAACUUGGUAAGAUAUUCAGAGGGGUGACUCUUUGACUUCCUGUGCAAAUUCAAACACUUCAUGAAUAGUCUAUGGACUACUUCAACCUGCAAAUGUUAUUAAGUACUUUACAGUGUACUGUCUGCCAGGAAAAUAAUUGCUCUUUGAUAAGCUGAUAUCAAAGUUGAUCACACCUUCUAAGAAUCAGGCAGUGCUUUAUAAAUAAUGCUUUGAAGCAUCUUAAAUUGAAUCAGUUUUGCAAAUUGUCAAACCAGACACCCCUAAGAGCCUCAGAAUAAGUUUGUGAGUCGAGGACUGGCCACCCGCUUAAGGAUAAGAAAGACACAAGGACGCCGUAUAUUAGGUUAAUGGGCUAAAAAAAAGGCCACAACUUUAUUGAUUACAGCAUGUGAGUGGUAUUGGCUUAGGCACUGGAUAAAACAACAGAGCGUGACUCCACCCCCUCAGGAAGGGGGGAGUCUAUCAAGGGUUAACCACCAGUAGGGGGAGCUUGUUGAUGCAAAUACAACUGGAAGCUUCCCCCGAUGUCACCGGGGGUCGUGCCACAGCCUUAGCCACCAGCAAGGGCGUUGGACAGGAUCCACUACUGCCAGAUUCCUUUAACGUAAUACCCAUAAAGUGGAGGGGUAGACGAUGGCCACACCCUGCCCUCCAAUACACAAACAUAUUCCAAUGCCUAACCACCAAUACCCGAAAAGUUGUGACGAUUUGCUAUGAGGUAGGCGAAAAAACAAGUGGCUGGUGCCAAUUUGCCAACAAAAUUCCUACCAGGCCCCUUGGACAACCAAGGCAACCAACCACGAGUGCAACCACAUAUAAGCAGCUAAACCCCGCCCCUCAGCUUCCACCCGAUUGGUUGGCUGCCAGGAGGCGUGGCGCGGCAACUGGGACAGCUGACGCAGGGGGCUGGAACACCCCCUGCCAACGCGGGAAACGGCUCCCGCUCACAACCCCUCCCCUCCGGAAGGAGGAGAGGCUAUCUAGAAUGGAGAUGUCUUAAUUUUAUACACCAGCAUAUGGUGCAACCAAGAACAAGUUAUAUUUCUGCUCUGUUCUUCUGCAGCUUAUAUUUAUUUAAUUGAGUCUCAUGUAGAAGAAUUAUCCAGUGAGUCAGGUCCUUAUAAAUCAACAUACAGUUGUAGGCGCUUAAGGGCAGAGGAGGAAAUGUAUGAAUGGAUCGUUGCAUUACAGGAGAACCAAUGAGCUCUUCUCCCCAACCUGCCGCCAAAUUUCUCCUUUGUAGCCAAUGAAAUAUUUGCCUCAUUAAGAGUCGAGCAAAGAAUGUGGAUUAAAUUCAAAGCAAAUCCUUACGGUUCGUUUCAGGUUUUGCACCCCAUGUUAAAAUGUUCCUGAUUAAAAAAACUAUUUUCGCCAUAGUUACGAGUAUUAUCUCUUAACUCGCUUGUUUGUUUGGAACCCUGUUUCCUUCCCAUCUCACCCUCUGUGUGGUUACAGAUUUGCCUUCUGGUAGCUACAUCCAAGAAGACAUAUCUUACUGUUCCUACCUUUGCGAAGGGAGCGAGAGCUGCUGCGAUAUCAUGGCGAGCUGCAAAUGUGGGACCCACACAGGCCAGUUUGAGUGCAUCUGUGAAAAAGGAUACUAUGGCAAAGGGCUGCAACAUGAAUGUACAGGUCAGUCUCUGUUUUCUUCUUCUUGGGUGUGAAUAUAAGCAUGGAUUGAGGUGGCCUCUUCUGUUUUGCCGAACCCUUUUGAACAGGCAUCUGCAAACUCAGCCCUCCAGAUGUUUUGGGACUACAACUCCCAUCAUCCCUAGGUAACAGGACCGGUUAGGGAUGAUGGGAAUUGUAGUCCCAAAACAGCUGGAGGGCCAAGUUUGGGGAUGCCUGCUUUUGAGGUUUCAGUGGGCUCUUCUUCACCCAAUAGUAUGGGCAGCCCACCGUUUAUGCAGCGGUUACGUUCCAAGGGCACCACGUACAUCAUUGAAAUCACGUAUAAUUGAAACCCAUUGAAGAAGCCUGCAAACACCCUGUUCCACCCCACCCUGCCCCCCUUUCGCCCUCUUAGUGACCUUUCAGUGACGUCUUUAUGACAUUUCCAGGUCACUUUUGACUUCAGUGCAAUGUAGCGCCAAUAACAGAUGCGUGGAAACGGGGGAGGGGACUGCCCAUAUAAAAAACUGAAUGAAUGACCUUAUCAGCUGUUCAUGUAUGUCCAAGGGGUGACGUAAAAGGACUGAACUUAAAAGGGGCUGUUUUAAUAAAUUCCCCACCUUCUCAGUGCAAAAUUCACUAGAUAACUGGCUGUUUGACUGACUGACUGAUUCCAGCUACAGAAGCGAAGGCUGCUUAAGAGACCAGAGACCAUCUUGGCUGUGAGUCCUGGGAAACCCAGCCAGAUGGGAGGGAAAUAAAUGAAUGAAUAAAUUAUUAUUAUUAUUAUUAUUAUCUCUGCCUUGCAGGCCUUUUUCCACCUGGCCUAGGAGGACAGGUGGAUGGCUGAACAGAUUCAUGGGCUGUGGCAUUAUUUAGGGUGUUUUGUUGUUAUUGUUGAUAUUCAUUCAUUAUUUUUAGAUCUUACUAUAUGGUGGAAAUCUUAUGUGGAAAUUGUUCCAUUGGGUUGCGUACUUUCCGAUGCGUUUUAUUUAGUGUUUGCGCAUUUUAUGUUUGUUGAUUACGUAAAUCUUUUCAUGCUGUAAUCCACCUCGAGCAUGGAUUGAACUACGGAAAGGUGGUAUACAACUAAAACAAUGGUGAUGAUGUGUUUGACUCAGCCCUGUACCUGUCACUGAAAUGCAACCUCCGUCAUCCCAGGACAUUGCUAGGUCUGAUGCUCUAGUUAUCUCUCACUUGGACUACUGCAAUGCACUCUAUGUGGGGCUACCUUUCAAGGUGACCCGGAAACUACAACUAAUCCAGAAUGCGGCAUCUAGACUGGUGACUGGGAGCGGCCGACAAGACCACAUAACACUGGUCUUGAAAGACCUACAUUGGCUCCUGGUAUGUUUCCAGGCACCUGAAGGAGCAUCUCCACCCCCAUCCUUCUGCCCGGACACUGAGGUCCAGCGCCGAGGGCGUUCUGGUGGUUCCCUCGCUGCGAGAAGCCAAGUUACAGGGAACCAGGCAGAGGGCCUUCUUGGUAGUGGCACCCGCCCUGUGGAAUGCCCUCCCACCAGAUGUCAAAGAGAACAACAACUACCAGACUUUUAGAAGACAUCUGAAGGCAGCCCUGUUUAGGGAAGCUUUUAAUGUUUAAUAGACUAUUGUAUUUUAAUAUUCUGUUGGAAGCCACCCAGAGUGGCUGGGGAAACCCAGCCAGAUGGGUGGGGUCUAAGUAAUAUAUUAUUAUUAUUAUUAUUAUUAUUAUUAUUAUUAGGGUUGUAGUUCAUCAACAUCUGGUGGGCCAAAGGUUCCCCACACCUGAGUCAAAAGGAUUAGGUUGCUGCAGGUGUGACUGCAAUCAUUCGGAACCAUGGUGGGUCAAACUAGACAACACCAGGUCAGAAGGGCAAUUCCACUUGCACAACAACCUUCUCCUUGCACAAACCAUUUUUACUUCAGCCCCUUGCAUGUAGCAAAAUCUGCUCUGGAAGGUUGGAAGUCCUGUUGUAUCUACUGGUGUGAUGUUGGAUCUUGCCCAGCAUUCACUGGGAUAUAAGACUCGCUAUGAUCCAAAGUCAAAAGCCUGAAGGAAAGCCAGAUUCAAUUAAGGAGAUAACGAGGCAGGUUGGUGGUGGAACUAACUGGAAGAAGACCAGGGAAGGAUAUGAACAAUUUGGUGUUCAUAUUGUGCUACAAUCCAACGUUCUUGACAGAUGUAUGACGAAGAGCUUCCUGAAAAGCUUCCAUUUUUGUCCAUUUAUAGGCAUCAGAACUAUCAGUGUAUUUGAAUGCAUUCUGAAGACUCUUCUUAGCCAAAUGAGAUUGCUUCGCAUAUCUUUUUGAGCAGUUUUGUCAGUUGAUUGUUUUCGCUAGUUGUAAAAAGACCUAAAAGCACAUCUGUUUUACCAUAGGCUGUAGAGUGAAGAUGGUUGAUUAAUGCAAAUUGAAUUUUCUAAUGUGAAAUUUGUGCCUUUAUCUGACUUCACAAGCUAAAUGAAAAUUUUACUUGUGGCCACUCUGGAGCUUAUAAUAGUCAAAACACAUUCAUCCUGACAUUCAGCACAGUCUGUAUAUGCGAAUAUCAUCUGGUUUUGGACUUGCAAGAUCCAGAACCGUAAGGUUUUUAAGAGUGCAUUUGGCAGAUGUUGUUGCUUUUUGUAAGAACAUCAGCAAUGCAUCAGCAAGUAGACAUUUUUAAAAGGUAGCAUAUAUUAUACGAAGCACGUGAAGGUUUGCCAUCUGCUUUGCAUGUGCUUAUUGGAGAGAAAUCAGCUGAAACUCUGCACACACAUCAUAACAUUUAGCCUGGGGGAUCUCAUUUUUCCUUAUAAACAUGACUUAAUCUUUCUGAAGUCUUGCUGCAUUUCCUUAAAAAAAAAAAAGACAAAAGACAACAUGUUUGCCCCUCGUAAGUGAAGAAAAUAGAAAACUAUUUUGAAACCCUUUUUAUUUUGAAAGAGUUUGGCUCUCUUUUUGUAACAUUUCCCAGCUGAACUUAUCUGCAGUUUUGCAAAGCAUGAAGAAUUUGUCGAAUACACAUGGACUCCUUUCCUUCCCCAGUACAGUGGAACCUCGGGUUAAGAACUUAAUUCGUUCUGGAGGUCCAUUCUUAACCUGAAACUGUUCUUAACCUGAAGCACCACUUUAGCUAAUGGGGCCUCCUGCUGCUGCCACCGCGCCGCUGCUGCGCGAUUUCUGUUCUCAUCCUGAAGCAAAGUUCUUAACCCGAGGUAAUAUUUCUGGGUUAGCAGAGUCUGUAACCUGAAGCGUAUGUAACCUGAAGCAUACGUAACCCGCAGUACCACUGUAUAAUGAAAUGGGCAGAGUGUAAGCAAGUAAGUUUAGGGCGGGUAAUUUUAUGGUUGGUGGCCUUUUAACAAUGCCAUGUUUAGUUUUCCAGUUAUUAACACUUAUUAUCACCGCAUCAUAGACUAACAGACUGUGGUUGAGACCCAAGAACUUGUAUGGCAUGAGACUGGUGCAGAGGUGUAUCAUGGGGUUGGGAAAUCGCCCCCUGCACACAUUUCUGAGGGGGGCGCAACCAGAUGUCCGUCCCCCCCAGCAGGCUCCUUCAUCGAGACUGGAACCCUGGUGAGGCAAGCCAAGCUGUGCCUGGGCCAAGCCUUCAGGGCUGGGGCAGCAGUGCGCCUGUUGGCAUGCAACCAAGGAAACAGGGGCAAUUGGCAGGCCCCCAGCUGCCUCCAGCCCACUGGCCGGUGUGCCGGGCGAACUCCCUUCCUUGGUGCAGCAUAAAUCUGUGACUCAGGCUUUAGAAGACUGAGCACACCAUUCAGCAGAGAACACGCUACACAAACAGAAGUGGCACGGGAGGCUGUGUGGGCAUACCCAUAUUUUUUGCUCUUUAAGACGCACCCGACCAUAAGAUGCACCUAGUUUUUAGAGGAGGAAAACAAGAAACAAGAAAGCAACACAAAGCCUCUUGAGCGAAGAGGCAGAAGCGCUCCGGCUGCGCUCAAGAGGCUCUGCAUGGCUAUCGCUGAAGCCAGAAGAGCAGCGAUAGCUGCGCAGCCUGCAUUCGCUCCAUAAGACGCACACACAUUUCCCCUUACUUUUUAGGAGGGGGAAAGUGCAUCUUAUAGAGCGAAAAAUACGGUACUUAUAAGCGGGCUUUAUUCAGCAUAGAUCAGGACGAAAAGGAAACAUAUCUGAUCUCCUUCGUCUCCAAAGCAAGCUGUGCUGGAAUGUAAACAGACAUUGGACAUGCAACAAUUCCACAUGCCUGUUCCUUAAGGUGGAACGGAAUUCUCAACAGCACCUCCAUCACCUUGUGGCCGGCGAUGAGGUCCUUGUGUGCCCCUCCUCUGCCCCUUGGGCCAGCCAAGAGGGAGGGAGCUGCCCCCGCCACCAUCCACCAAGGAGAGGCAAGAGGCUCCACCUGGAUGGGAAGGGGAAAGGGGGCAGGCGGAAGAAGGGCAGCCGUGUUCUCUGGGGCUGUGCUCCAGCACAGAGCCCUAGCAGCUGAGUUGUGGCAGGUGGGUUGGUCUAGUGGACAGGUAGACAGAGACAGAGUGCAUUUAAACAAACCUGCCCUACCCCCAGCCCUACCCAGCAUCGCCCAGGUGAGCUGUGACAACACUCGUCUCACAAAGGCAGCUCUGCGGCCAUACCAGCAGUUCCGGAUUUACGUACAGUGGUACCUCGGGUUAAGAACUUAAUUUGUUCUGGAGGUCUGUUCUUAACCUGAAAUUGUUCUUAACCUGAAGCACCACUUUAGCUAAUGGGGCCUCCUGCUGCCGCCGCGCCGCUGGAGCAUAAUUUCUGUUCUUAUCCUGAAGCAAAGUUCUUAACCCGAGGUACUAUUUUUGGGUUAGCGGAGUCUGUAACCUGAAGCGUCUGUAACCCAAGGUACCACUGCUAUAGCUUAGGGCCCCACUUUCUUGGGGGCCCUGAAAUUUUUAAAGGGAAAAAAAACUGGAUGUACAUUUCCAAAAUAUAGGAUAAAAACAAAUAAAAUAAAACCGACAUACAGCAGCAGUGUUUUGUAGGCUCCUAUGAGGUAAGUCAUUAGCCUGCUCCCUAAAAUAUCACCGGUUUGCUCAUUUCUAUAUACAGGGUGCCUACAUUCUGCAUGGACUGGUUGCAUGGCAACAUGGGCAAAUGGCUUUAGAUACCUAUCAGGUCCAUAAAUUACCAUAUCAUAUAUUCAACACAAAAAAACAGUGACAAUUUGUUGUUGACAAAGGACAGCUGGACAUAGAAAGGGCCCCAUUACCUUCAGUAGCUGAGGGCCUCAUCAAACCUAAAUCCGGCCCUGCACACCAGACACUAUGUAUAGGUAGAAAUUGCAUAUACAUGCUUGCACAGGGUAUCUGUUUGCAUUAAUUACUGACUUGUGCGUGUUUUAAAAAAACACACCUGGAUAUGUGAUUGUUUAAUGAUCUGCAUGCCAAUGCCUCAUUAAUUCUUUGUAGGAAAUUGGUUUUCCAUGCAGUUUUUUUGAUGUGUGAGGCAAUCAUUUUAGGGAAGACCCGGGAGUCUUUUGCUCUAGCUGCCUUCUUGAUAACUCUUUUGGAAGAUAUAAAAUGGGUCAUUUUUACAAGUUAAUAUUGAGGGCAGAUUGGUUGCUGAAGAUAUUUUAGUGCCUCCCCCAUGUUAUUUUCAGGACAAAGCUUUUGUGUCUGCAACUUUUCUCACAUGCAUGAAACUGAGUGACCUUUUCAUCAGUACUGAGAUUUUGAAAGUUUGUACAAAUAAUACAAAGACACUCUCCUAAAAAGGGUGAGUCUGACGGGUGAAUGCAUGUAUCUGGAUAGAAACCAAUAACCCUUUUGAACUUCUGAUGACUUUUACAGUGCUUCUUUUUUUGUAAUAUAGCAAAGUAUCAAAUAAUAUUCCAAUAUCUUAUCCAAAGAAUGUCAUCAUCCAGCUAUUUUGCCUGGAAAUUGUUUUUCUUGCUUCUGUUCCAGGGUGGCUCGCAAUCUAG